AUGGAGGAUGAUUUAUGUAUAUCUUCAUCCUCAUCCUCCGCUUCUUCAUCGUCUACUUCAUUAUCAUCUUCUAGUAAUACUAUAGUUGUUGGAAAAGGGGAAGGAGGAGAUGAAGAUUUAAAUAAACAACAACAAUUACAUACGCAACUAUUAUUAGUUCAACAACAACAACAAUUACAACAUAAAGUAGAACCAAAGACAUCAACAUUGGUAAAAGUAUCGACGACGAUAGUAAAUGGUAAUGGUGGUACUACUACGACAACAUUAUUGUUGGAUGAAUUGCUACACCCACACACUACUGGAAUUCAAGAUGUAAAUAGAGACUGGGAUCAACACGAUGACAAUAUCUAUGUAAAUAGCGAUAUAAAGAGAAUAAACGAAAUGAUAAGUCAUAGUGGAGGUGUCAUUGAACCAAUGAGAACUCAGCUGUCCACUCCCUACUGUUUCAGUGUUUAUAUUAGAAACAAAAAACAACUCAGUACAUUCAUUCUAUUGUUAGACUAUGAAAGACGUGAAUUAAUAUUUAGUAGAAAGGGUAAAAAGUUAAAGGCAAUCCCUUUUGUUGUUUUAAUAACACCAAUACCAAGUUCAAUAGAACCAACUCAUAUCACAAUUAGAACAAAAGAUCCAAAUUCAGGAGGAUUUCAUUUAUAUAUGGAUUCAAAAACAGAAAGACAACAAUUAUUAGAAUAUCUAGGUGAUAUUGUAAAGAAUCCAAUUGAAUCUCCAUCACCUGUUAGUAUAGAGUUAAUUUUAUAUCAAGGACAUGUAUACAAAAAAGGAAAGAUAAAAUUUGCACGAAGAUGGUUGGAAAUCCAUCCACUUUUCAUUACUCUUAGAAAGAAAAAAGAGAGUAUGUUCCCUGUCAAUGUCAUACCAAUUAGAGAUUUGUCACUAAAAACACAUGAAACCUACACCCUCUUUCUCCGAACCAAGUCUACUGUUAGCCGAGAAUACUCUCUUCGUGCCUCUUCAAUGUCACAGAGAGACUUUAUUUACGAUCAAUUAGUUUCUAUUGGAAUGAUGAAAGAUGAUGAUGAUGAUGCAUGGCAUGAUGAUGAUGAUGAUGUUACACCUCUACAUUUCUACCCACCAAAAUUUCAAGUUUUACUAACUACUCUCCUUCUCUCUCUCUCUCUCUCUGUCCCGUCCCUUCUAUCUUGUAGUGGCACUAUUGGAAAGAAUAUCGAUAACGUUUUGCAGAGGAAAUUGUCUUUGAGAUUAACCCCGAGUGUAAAUCCAAAUUUAGACUAUGAUCCAAUGGAUUUCAACACUCUCCAUAAAUUAUUCAAAACACCAGGGAUCGACCUUAAAUCAUUACAUAGGGACAAUUUCCAAGACGGUAGCGAGGAAUUUUUAAAUAAUAAUAAUAAUAAUAAUAGUAAUGGGAGUAGUAGCCACCAACGUUAUAGCACCGCCAGGCUUGGUUUGGAAUCAAAUCAAAAAAAGGUGGUAGAGGUUAUUGAAGAGACGUAUCAAGGUAAUAAUAAUAAUAAUAAUAAUAAUAAUAAUAAUAAUAAUAAUAAUAAUAAUAAUAAUAAUAAUAAUAAUAAUAAUAAUAAUAAUAAUAAUAAUAAUAAUAAUAAUAAUAAUAAUAAUAAUAAUAAUAAUAAUAAUAAUAAUAAUAAUAAUAAUAAUCAACAAAACUCCUCCAUUGCAACAUCCUCUUCCUCCUCAUCCGCUUCUUCUUCAUUUACGACACCUCAUGUAAGUGCUUAUAGACCAAGUAGAAGAUCAGUUAAAGAAUUGAUAGAGCAAUACAAUAAGAAUAAUUCAACACAAUAUCCAACUCUAACAACCACCCCAACAAAAGAUAGAGAUAGUAGAAAAACUUUUAGAAAGGCUGUAAAACUAAGUAAUAAUAAUAAUCAACAAAGCUUGGAUAAUAAUAGUAUUGAAAUGAUAAUUGAAAGAUUAAAAGGUUGUAAAGGUUUGGGACAAGAUGGAAAAUUAUUAUUGGAUCAACAAAAAGAUAAUAAUAAUAUAGAUAAUAUAGUCCAAAAAGAUGGUAGUUUUAAUUUAGAUUCCAACAAAAAUGAUCCAUCUUUAAAUCAAGAGUCUGAUCAAAUUUAUAUAGAGUUGAUUAAAACACUUGAUGGUUUAAAUCAAUCUUGUGAUGAGAUUUUAAAAUGGAUAUUGGAAAACAGGCAUUUAAUUUCCAACAAACUACAAAAUAGUAAUUUAUUAUCAGUAACAGAUCAACUUUUAUUAGCUGUUAAAGAUUUUAGUAAUAAUAUAGAUAGUAAUAAUAAUAAUAAUAGUAAUAUAGAAAAUGUAAAUAGUGUAAAUAAUAAUAAUAAUAAUAAUAAUAAUAAUAAUAAUAAUAAUAAUAAUAAUAAUAAUUUAAUAACUCAAGUAUUUAAAGAUGUAGAAAUAGAAUAUUGUUCACCUCGUCAAGACAAUAAUAGUAUAAUAAUAGAUAAAAAUAAUAAUAAUUCAAUAUCAAAUGUAUCAUCAUUAAGUAAAAGUUCAACUGGAGAUAGUUUAUAUUCUCAACAAUCAUUUAGUUCAUCUUCAAGUGGAAGUAGUAGUGGUGAAGUUGAUCCAAUCAUUAUUGCCAACAAUGAUGAUGAUGAUCAUCGUGGUACUCAAACCUACUUGUUUUUAACCAAAGAUGGAUAUCAAAAAGAGUAUAAAAGAUUACAUUUGGAUUCAUCUGAAGAGGAUGAUGACGAUGACGAUGAUGAUGACGAUGAAGAUGGACAAGGAGGGUAUCAUGCAAGAAUGGCAGAAACUCUAGAAUCUCCACAAAUAUUAUUAUUCAAUCUGUCUCCAGUUCCAAUCCAAAAACCAUUAAAUCAAUGUGGUGAUUAUUCAUUACUUCAUCAUUGUACUAGAACAAAAUCAGAUGAUUUAAUGGAUAAAACAUUUAGACGUUAUUCAAGAGAUGUUACACCAAAUACUUUUUGGAAAUAA